AUGGACCACAAAAAUAGGCAACGUGAGUUUUUUUUUUGGUUUUUUUGCAGAGUUUAUUGAGGAUCAUGGAUAUAAUACAUGUUUAAAAGUUAACCACAGUUUUUUUUAACGUAUUAGAUAUCAGGCGACGUGAAAACUAGGAUUUUCGUUCUCGUUGUUUUCAUUUCCAUGAAAAUUAGUAAUUUAAUUUGAGCAGAAAUGAAGUUUUUCGCCUUAUGAGAGAAUUUCGAAAAUUUACAACUGUCAUUUUUGUGGAGUUUCAUGAUUUCCCUUAAAGUUCAAGAUUUUUUCAUUGAAUAGGACUAGAUUUUAUACUAACUCCAAUCAUAAGACUUACCGUAGCUCAGCAGUAAGGAGAAAAUAGUUUGUUCAAUUUUGGACUGGUUUUCCAUGAUAAUCAGAAUCAGCUAGUCUCGGACUGAUAAGAAGCACUAACUGACAAUGUGAAUUAGCAAUUGAGUUUGUCGUAUUUUUUGUGAGUUUUGAUUUCGAAGGGUCCGGUUAGGCUUAUAUUGAUUCAAUAAGUAUGGGAUCGAUGGCUAUAUUCAAAGUCAAAGCUCCAUGGGCAAAGUCGGAAAGAAGUGAAAAAAUGGUGAAAAAAAAUAUAAAUAUUCCUUUCUUGCUCUCUCUUUUGCGCCGUUUCAUAGGCUAACAUGCACAAUUUUGCUGCUUGUCUCUUUUUUCACCAUUUUUUUGCGUCUUUAAAAUCCUAGAAAAAAUAGCAGGCUCAAUAAAGGGACUCUAUUUACUGCCGUUUCGCGGCCUUUUUCAAGCCUCUCCCUUUUAGUUAUUGCGAGCUAUUAGGAUUAUUUGAAUUGAAAUUUUUCUUUUUAGGGACUUUUUGCAAGGAAGUGGUGAAUUCGUUUACCAUGGUUUACCCAAAAAUCGAUCAUAAAUGUCUCAAAAUGACUCUUCAAUAAUUUAUUCCUAACAUGUCAACAAACAUCUAUAAGAGUUUCGGAUAUGAAAAGUUUUCCAAUUAACAUUAUACCAUUUACAUUCCUAGAUGAACACGGUUACGCACUUUCAAAUCACGAAAAACGGACAUCAAAAUUAUCUUAGCAUGCUGGAAAAGUUGAUCAUUUUUUUUUGAAGAUAUUUGAGCUCGAAAUGGUUUAGGUCUACAUAUUCUUGAGUGCGGAUAAUUUCAAAAUUUCAAAAAAAAAUCAAAUAAAACUUUUUUGGGUGAUUUUUUUAGGUCAGGCUUUUUCCCUGAAAGUAGAAAGAACUUUAAGGGACUCAAUACCAGAUUUUUUUGAGAAAAAAAGCGCCGAAACCAUAAAUGAGAUGAGUCAGAUUGAUUGUAAUAUUACCUUUAAGCCCCGGGCGGUACCGUUGGCAGCUUUGGACCAAGCCAGCUCAUCGGGCGCUUCCAGCUCCCGGCAGCCCCAGAGCGUCGCUUCUCCCGACGACAUGCCCGGAGGAUCGGGCACCUUCUUCGAUCCGGUGCACCAGGUUGAGAACUUUCCUUUUGAAACAGUCCGACCCGUCUGCGCUCUCUUUUCCCUCGCCGACUUUAGAAAAAGAUAAUCUUGUCGGAUGCGCUAUAGUCUUUUUCGCGUGUCUGCGUCUCUCUGUUCUCUCACCACCGAGGUUAGAGAAAAAUAAAAAUAAAAUGGCUCUUCAAUAAUUUAUUCGUCACAUGUCAACAAACUUUUAUAUGAGUUUCGGUCAUGAAAAGUUUUCCAAUUACCAUUAUACCAUUUACAUUCCUAGAUGAACACGGCAAACUCAUUUACCAAUUUCUUGAGGACAACCGAAGUAAUCGCAACUUUCAGAUUCUUAUUGGCGGAUAAAAAAAAAGAAGGAAAAAUGAUGAGUUGCACGGCUUUCGUCCAGAUCCUUGGCACAUUAUAUCUCCAGCAGUUGAAAACUUCAGUGGAGGAGUCCAGAAAAGAAGUAUGUGGUUUUUUUUAACUUAAAAUUUUUAAAGUUAAUGAUGGAAUGGCUCUGAGAAAUAGCGGUCGUUUUUCCAAGCUUUUGUGAACAACUCAUUUUUCGAUGGCUAUUUAUUACGAACUAUUCUGUCCUCUACUUAGGAAUCUGUAGGGGUUAGGACAAGAAAUAAUAAUCCUUAUAGAGACCUAAAAAGUGGUCCCUAUAGGCGUUCAGGGUCUGACCCUUAGCCCCUGUAAGUUGAGUGGUCCUUAUAGGGGUCGUUCGAAAUCACUAAAAAAGGGUAUUUUAUUUUUGUUUAGUUGGUCGUGCAUAAGAAUCAUGUAAACUAUCGACUAGCUUUGAAAGCUUUAGAGAGGACCCUUCAAGGGUUCUUAGGUUGCCCCUAUGGAGACCACUCUGAAAUUCCUAAAGUUUCUCAGUCCAAGGGUAGAGAGAAGACGUUAUUAGUCGUUGAGAGAGCGCUGGGGAGAUGCCACUUUUAUAGGGGCUAUGAGGAGGCGGAGAUUCUGUCUGUCAAAGGCCUUAGGGUAGACGUCCUUUUAGAGGUCCCUCAUAGGCCCUCUGUGAAACCCUCUAUAGAGUCUCUCAAAAGUUUCUCAGGCCUAUACUUAUAACGCACUAUAGGCUUAUUUCUAUUCUCAAUAAAAAGUUUAUUAUCUUAUAGUACAAGGAAGUGAGGAUCACGCUUCGUAUGUGCCCCCACGAGACAAGGGUAUGUUUCCGUGGCAUCGAAUGA